AUGAGCUGCUCUGGAGAGCUGAGCGGCUUUGAUUUAUGCAUCGACAAGGGUGCAUUUGACACCAUAAGCCUGAACCCAGAGAACACUGAGGAGGGCAAAGCAUGUUACGUUCAAGCUCUGAGAGGGGCAUUGAAAGAGGAGGGGGUCUUUGUUAUCACUUCCUGUAACUGGACUAAGGAACAGCUACUACAGAUGUUCAGUCAAGAUUAUUGCCCGUACCAUAACCCCACCGCCAUCAGCAAACCGCUCGCCCCCAACGCCAUACACAUUGUCUGCCAUCUACCCGAGGCAGACAGGUGGCUGGACCUUGGCCGAGGCUGUGCCAUCCAGCGAGGGACGCCCUGCGAGUCCGGCGCCAGUCUGGAGAGCCUGUGGGAUGUUCAGCCCGAGGAGUGCCAGCGGAGGAGCCUGGUCUGGGGCCACGAGGUUGGCCCUGCCACCGCCAUCACCAGCCUCAUUCGAGACCUUAACCUGGGCGAUGCCAAGCUGGCAGCCACCCAGUCCCUGGCCCUCGCAAACUCCACUUCAGCCUCCACGGCACCCCCUAGCAAGCGCCAGUGCCGCUCACUCUCCUUCUCUGAAGAGUUUGGUGGCUGCCGGUCUUCAUGGAGACCUCAGGUGUCGCGAGUAUGGACGGCGGUGGAGAAGAGGAGGUGCCACAGUGGGGGGAGUGUGCAUCGCUGCUCUGGAGGAGGUGGUAUAGGAGGUGGUGGAGGUUUUUCAGGGGGUCAUUUUCCUGCCAUGCAGCGGAGCUCCAGUUUCAGCCUGCCCUCACGGUCCAACAACCCCACAGACGGCGCUCUGGAGCUGCCCUGCUUCACCCAGCGCCUGCCCCUUCACCCCCUGUUCACUGCCUCCCCUACGUCACCCUCCCACCACCACUACCACCACUCCCUCAGGCCCCUCUCCUUGUCCCAUGAGCAGAUCAGCCUGCCAGAGCACCACAGGGAGGGGGCCACCUCACCGGACUUCACCCAAGAGAUGGGGAGACGUGCUGGACAGAGAGCAGGGGGGACUGGGGGCCUGUCCCGGAGCAAGUCCCAGCCCUGCGUCCUGAACGAUAAAAAGAUUGGCAUGAAGCGCAGGAGACCAGAGGAUGCACAGGAACCACGGCCCUCCCUGGACCUGGCCAAGAUGACCCAGAAACUCCAGACGUUCCACAGCUUGAGCUGCCCUGGGUUCUCUGGUCUGGACAGCUGUCGCUCAUACAUGCCCCCGCCCUCCGCCAGGAGCUUGAGCCAAUCGGAAUCUGACUUCGCCUGUGCGUCUGACCUAUGUGCUGAGACUCAACAGGAAGUGGACGAGGAGGAGGAUGACUCUUCUUAUAAGGAGCUGGACAGUGACUCAGCGUGUAGCCUGGACUCCAGGCCCGGGUCACCAUGCAGGGGAGUGGGGGAGAGAAUGGGGCAGGGACACACCCCCUGGAAGGGUGAGUAUGGGACAGAGAAGGACAUCUACCAGCUGGGGGGUGAGCUGGACAUCGACCAGAUCGAGAGGAACUGAAUGCAACCUGAAGCUUUUGGAUAAAGGAUUGUCAUAACCUUUUAUGAUGGCUGAGGAAUGUUUCCGAAUGUUUGCCCGGAGAAUUUGGAAUUUCAUGACCACGAGAAGGAUGCCUUACGUAUGAUAGGUGGAUAUUGAGCGGGUUGAAAUGACCUCAGAGAGAGGAACCUAGCGAUUUUAGACGGUGGUUUUUGGAACAUUAUAAGGAUGUUUGUAAAUGCAGUGGGGGGGAUGUUGUAUUGCGUGUAAUGUCAACGAAGGACAAAGCACGUGUAAGUGUCAAUAGAAGGUGCUGCAUGUUGAAUUGGCAGAUGGCUUCUUUGGUUGAACUUUGAGAUCCUGCGGGACAAACAGUUUGGCACUGUCUCGUUGUCUUUCUGAAUCUAAAGGCAGUGGCUUUCGCUUGGCGACGUGCAGCCUAACUCAGGAGUGGGAAAGUGAGGGAUAGUCUUUCACACCUCCAAAAAGCCCUCUCUCCUCUUAGCCUGAGUACCUCCCUAUACACCUGGACUGAACUAACCGUACGUUUUAAGCAUUAGCAGAAGGAAUAUGCUACAACUUCUGCUUUUCUCUACCAGACUGGGGGGACAUGAUGGACCGGGAGAGAGGGAUGAAAUAGAAGAGGAGAGAAACAGUAUUUUUUUCUCAUAUAGACAUCACCUUGACACUUUUCUUCAACUAUACCUGCAGGAAGGACAUUCCCUGUUGAAUUCCAAGUUAGCCCCUAGCCUCUAUACCCUAUACCCUAGCCCCUAUACUCUAGGCACUCCUGUAGAUAUGAAAGGAAGACAGUACCAGUAUUAUGGUCAUUUCUUCACCUUCCCUUCUAACAGGUGGUGUGGAGUUUUCACCAUAUUGCUUACCUACACAAGGGUUUCAGAUUGCCUAGGGGAUAGGGGUCAAUUUGGAAUUCCGUCAUUUGGAAUUGCGAAAGUGUUCACACACCAUCGCUGAAUGUAAAUAAGCUUUUAAAUGGGUUUGGAAAUAACAGGCAAUUUGGUCGGUCAGAUACAUGUGUUGUCUUUACACCUCAGAAUACCCUGCUCGAAACAAACCUUUAUGACGUUUUGUAGAUUCUAAUAUGCAAAAUGUAUAUUUGAAUAAACACUGAAUUUUAAGUUUUCAGUUCUAAUAUCAAUGUAUAUUUUUCUAAAUGUAUUUUUUAUGAUCUGUUUGUGAAGGAUCUGAAUUAAGAGGCUUUUCUUUAACAGGAUAGACAUGAAAUAAAAACACAAACUGCC